GUGUCAGGGGCGGUAGGUGGGCGGGCUCCUCCCGCUCGAUCCGCCCUCUAUUCUGCCUGUGGCCGCAGUGCGGUCCCCUCAGGUCUCCCGGCCUCGCAAUGUAUGAGAGCGAUAUGAGGGAGGUGGUGGGCUCAGAGCCGGGCACGGUGGAGCUGGUGAAGCCGGAGCGCUGGCGCUGUUAUGUGAGUCGGGUGACGGUGGAGCCGGUGAUGUUCCUGGCGAUGUUCUGUGUGGCCCUGCAGGGUCCCCUCACCACCCAGUACUUGUGGGGGAGAAUCAGCGCCGACAUCGGCUACAACGGGAGCAAGACCGAGGGGUGCACCAACCUCACCGAUGAGCUGGAGAAGGAAGUGGAAAAGCAAACUUCGCACUGGAGUCUUUACUUAAACCUGAGUGGAUUGCUCGUUGGCCUGUUCUCAGUGACUCUCCUGGGUCCAUGGAGCGACCACGUGGGACGUCGCCCAAUACUCAUCCUUCCUUUCAUCGGGCUGACAUUGCAAGUUGGCGUGUAUCUAUUGGUUAUGUACCUAAAUCUACAUGUUGGCUAUUUAUUAAUUGGACGCGUUCUUUCUGGCCUCACCGGGGACUUCAAUACCAUCCUUGCCGGUUGUUUUGCUUACAUAGCAGACAUCACAGAUCGUGAGUCGCGCACAUUCCGUGUUGCUGUACUGGAGGCAUGUCUAGGUAUAGCUGGAAUGGUGGCCAGUAUCAUUGGCGGGUACUGGCGAAAGAGCCAAGGCUUCAUUAACCCAUUCUGGCUUGCGUUGGCUGUUAACGUCUUCACUGCUUUUUAUGUUUAUUUCUGUGUCCGGGAGUCGGUAAAAGACAAGAAGCCAUCAAGCUUGAUUACUCCCAAGCACUAUAAGACGGUCUAUCAGCUCUUCGCUUUGCCUGGAGAGAAUAAACGUAACAGCAAACUAUGGCUGUACUGUUUGGCCCUCCUAUUGGUUGUAACUGUUCACAUGGGAGCAAAGGACCUGAUGGUGAUUUAUGAACUCAGCUUUCCUUUGUGCUGGGACUCUUUCCUUAUUGGCUAUGGAUCAGCGGCCGAACACCUGACCUACCUCAGCAGCCUGGCUGGACUGCGCCUGUUCCAGCUGUUCCUUUCAGAUGGCUGGGUGGCAGAGUUGGGAUUCUUAUCCAAUAUCGCAGGCCUGGUAGUCUUCUCUGUGGCCUCUACCACUCCAGUUAUGUUUACAGGGUAUGGGUUGCGCUUCUUUUCAAUGGCAACUACGCCUGUGAUCCGUUCUAAGUUGUCAAGGCUGGUGGAAGAAGGUGAACAAGGCUCUUUAUUCUCCAUUGUGGCCUGUGUAGAGGUCAUCUCCUUCAUACUCGCCACCACCAUCUUCAACUCCUUGUACCCUGCUACACUCUAUUUCAUGAAAGGCUUCCCCUUCCUAUUUGGAGCAAUUGUCCUCCUCAUCCCAGCUGGAAUAAUUGGGUUGCUGGAAGUCUUUGGCCAAAACCCGGUAUAUAGCCAAUUUGCUGAAAUCUCCUGAAAGCUCAGAUAAGUGCGCUAUUCAACAAAGAAACCUGUGAAGUAUUUGGCUUCAUCCUAUGCCAAGCACGUCAAAUCAGAUGUUUACAAACAGGAAAAAGAAUAUCAAAUGUUAUAUUUCUUUCCUACCUGUUUUGCUAUGCUACCAUGCAUCUCUUGACUGAAUGACUUGGAUGUGAUGUCCAGAUUACACAAUGUAAGAGUUGGUCAAGUAAUCGAUGCACAGAAUUCUUCAGCUUGUGUACUUUUCCAUGGUACAGUCAUUUAUUGGUGUCUUGUCACUUUAAUAAUGCACUAACUUGGGCGUAUUCUAUGGCAGGAUUUAGCAAGGGACCUAAAGAUCAGUUUUGCAUAAUAUAGUUAAAACUGAAGUCUAGUUAAAAAAAAAUCCCUACAGCUUUAGUCAGACCACUUACUAGAGCUGCACGAUUAUUUGUUAAAAAAAAAAUAUCACAGCAUUUCCAGGAUUCAUGUAGAGCUUUCUCUGCUCACAGCUGUCAAAGAAAAAAAAAAAGCUGCAAAGUUUAUCACAACAUUGCUUCACGCUGGGAUAUAAAACACUAUCAUUUGGCUGUUUUUAGAUCAAAGGGAUGAACUUCAGUCUGCAAAUGAGGGCAGUUUAACCACUUUAAGACUAAGCCUUUUUUUU